AUGCACGUACCGGAGAGCAAUGUUGAGCUAAAGGCACGACACGCCUCUUGUCUACGUGCGACGUGCGACCUGUAUCUCUAUAUAAAGCAACCAAAUUUCUUCAUUCUUCCUCAGAAAGACACUCCAAAUCUCUUUGAAAUCUCUGUGACCUUUGAGUUUGAUUUUUUGGGUAGUGAAUGUCGGUUUCUUGCUGCGGAGAGGAAACAGGAGAAGAAGGAAAACCGAAACAGCGUCGGCAGAGCCUCAAGAGGUCGUCGGUGGCCUUGCCGGUCUAAACACGAGUGUGAAGGGGGUGGCGGUUCACAUCUUCAACAGCAGCUUCACAACACCGGUGGUGGAGGCAAAAGGCUGGCAGUGGUGGAGGAAGUAAGAGGGGUGAAGAUGGCGGCUGGAUUCAACUCUCCAAACCUUUCCGCCAUCUGGAACACAAGGCAAGAUCUCAGGCGCAUCUGGACCUCCCCGUGA